CUCAACUGGUGAGAUUAAAGCAUAACAUGUUGACUAUUGUUGUAGCUACAUUCAUCUGCCUGAUGGCAACUGUUAGUGCAAACGUCCCAAAGUCUCUGUCUCCGGAGCUACUGCAGCAAAUGGGGCAAUUUCGUUCCGAGUGUCUGCGCGAAACCGGAACCACCGACGAGCAAAUUGAACAAUUCAAUAGCCCACAAUCGGUGCAGGCCUCGCACGAACUGCAAUGCUACAUGUACUGUAUGUUCCGCCUGCACAACGUCACCCGUCCGAACGGCGAGCUCGAUCUGAUCGACGUUUACCACGCCAUUCCGAAGCAGUUCAACUCGAUCGCGCUGAAAGUGCUCGCCAAAUGCAACAAAUCGUCCGGGCCGAUUGCAGAUGCGUGCGAACGUGCCUAUUCACAUCAUCGAUGCUGGAAGGAAACGGAACCGGAACACUAUCACCUAUUUUGAUGCCGAUUCUCGCCAAACAACUAACUACACAUACACAUACACAUGGUUGCAACUGCUUCGGAAGCAAGAGUUAUCGAAAACUUUUAAGGAGUGCACUGUUCUAUACCCUUACCGGGUGCAAUUUUCUGUGCAUCUCAAAUUUGGUCGUACCGUGCGGAAGUUUGUCGUGUCGGAAAUAAGCUAUACCGGGGCAGGACAGGUCGGUGUAAUGUCCAAGCGAGGGCCGCUUCAAACUCUUAAUUGACAAAGUAUCGUGAUAAAAUGUAGACCAAAUUAGUGCUCGCACUGGAGUGGCCUUGGUUUCACUCAACUAAGCAGGGUUGAAUGCAGAGCAAAGGAUUGAACUUUCUGUAGUUGAACUUUCUGGUUCGUAUUUGGCAAAGUUUAUGUAUAGUUAUCUGUGUUUCAUGAUGUUGCCUUGCGGUUUUAAUGCAGUUUGUCUGCUACCAUCGUUUUUUCAGCUUGUCGUUACUGUGUCCAUUCCAGCUGAAAUCGAAAUACCAGUUAACUUUAUAAGUAAUGUUAUUAAAAUCUGAACUAUAACAAAAUAAACAACAGAAACAAAUUGCUAAAUAACAUUAAUUUUAAGCAGUCUUUUUUAUAUGUUAAUUCAUCAACAAAUAUCAACCAAUUGUGAAACCAUUUUGAAACAAACCUUAAAAAGAUUUUUGUGUUUCACUUUAUACUGCAUUAAGAGACAUUUUUCAAUAUCGAUUUCAACUCAAAUUGUCAAGUUAAAGCUAUUCUUAAAUGAUUAACCCUUGUCUUAAAUUCAGCCUAUUUUGUCAUCAUUCUUAUGAAUGAUACUACACUUUUACACCUUGCGUUCUCUCACAAAAGCAAUAUACUGCAACAGCAUAAACACCACACUUGACAAGCAGUACCAUUGAAGACAGGAAGAUGCUU